CACAAUAUAUAAAUGCAGAGCAAAAGAUGCUUCUUUCCUUUCUGUGGAGUGGGGCCCCGAAUGGAUUAUAAUCUGGCCAGCUGAAUCCUGUCUGGAACUUAAGGAUCAAAAGGAGGUUUAAAUUUGAGACAAACUGAGAGAGAGCGCUGAUCUGGUGCGUCUGUGCAGGUAAACAUGGUGGGACUUAAACCCUCAGAUGUUCCUCCUCCUUUGGGGGUGAAGAUGGCGAGCGCUGGGGCCGCAGCGUGUAUAGCCGACCUCAUCACAUUUCCCCUGGACACAGCCAAAGUCAGACUACAGAUCCAGGGAGAGAAGCAGGCGGUGGAGGGCAUCCGCUACAGAGGCGUGUUUGGGACCAUCGCCACCAUGGUCCGGACCGAGGGGCCCAGGUCUCUGUACAAUGGGCUGGUGGCCGGGCUGCAGAGGCAGCUGUGCUUCGCCUCCAUCAGAAUCGGCCUCUACGACAAUGUGAAAAAUUUUUACACCGGUGGCAAAGACAACCCUGGUGUACUGAUCCGUAUCCUGGCCGGAUGCACCACAGGCGCCAUGGCGGUGUCCUUCGCACAACCCACCGACGUGGUCAAGGUCCGGUUCCAGGCCCAGAUGAACCUGGACGGCGUGGCUCGUCGUUACAACGGCACCAUGCAGGCCUACAAACAUAUCUUCCAGAACGAGGGCAUGCGCGGACUCUGGAAAGGAACGCUGCCCAACAUCACGAGAAACGCGCUGGUCAACUGCACAGAGCUGGUUACGUACGACCUGAUAAAAGAGGCCCUCCUCAGACACAAACUGAUGUCAGACAACCUGCCGUGCCACUUUGUGUCCGCGUUUGGCGCCGGCUUCGUCACCACGGUGAUCGCUUCCCCAGUGGACGUGGUGAAGACGAGGUACAUGAACUCACCACCGGGCCAGUAUAAGAGCGCUAUCAACUGCGCCUGGACCAUGAUGACGAAGGAGGGGCCGACUGCUUUCUACAAAGGAUUUGUGCCCUCAUUUCUGAGGCUGGGAUCGUGGAACGUAGUGAUGUUCGUCUCAUUCGAGCAAAUCAAGAGGGCGAUGAUGGUCACAAAGAAGAGGAUUGAAGCCACAAACUGAGAUUCCCGUGUCAGCGUUUGAUGGUAAAACCUGGACCCGACCCCAGGGCUGAAACACCCACGAGGAAACCCAGCGCUUCCCAAUCCCUGGUUGUGUUCGGCUCUGUCUCUUCUUAGCCUGCGCUGACAGACGAGGAUUUCCCUUGUUGGAAAAGGAAUACUGGACAAUCUGCCUUGAAUUUGCCUUUAUGUGAAGAAAACACACUUUCCUUUUAUAUUUAUAAUUUGUAACAAUUCCAUACAUUGUGGGAGUGAAUGUCAUAGACACAAGUUUGCACUUGGAGACCUGUACGGUAGCUUAAUAAAGUGUGAGACGUGUUUAAGA